GGGAGGAGACGCUGACGCCUUGGAGGUGGAUGGAGGUGGAUGGUGGUGGAUCACGGCCUGAGGCCGAAGUUGUGGCAACUGGACCCCUGGGCCGGGGGUUUUGGGGAAGAGGGAGGCCGCUCUGAGAAGCCACCUGAAGUUGGGGAAAGGACUUAAAUAUCUACGAUACCCCACGUGGGGAGACCGGACCGAUCAGGGACGGGACCCGGAGAGCUGAAGCAAGGAGGGGGGGCCUGAUGAUUUGAGGCCGGAAGACUGAUGUACUCCGAGAAAGUAAAGCGGGAUUCUGUUACUGUGAAACGUGGCUGCAGGGGAGGCGGGGUAGGGAGGAAUGAAAAAGCCGAGUUAUGGUUCUGGAACAUCAGUCUUAGAUGGGACGAAGAGAAGUCAAACCUUGAUAGAAGGGGAGAAAUUGAACUUGUGAACUCAGGAAAUACACCAAGAAAAGAGCAAACAUCGGGAAAUAGAGGACAAAAUGGGGGCUGGGUCUAACACUUCGAAGGGGGCUGACGCUCUUGGAAAGAUCAUUACACUACAGCCUACCAAGACCAAAAUGAGUUUGAAAUUUGAGUCCAUUUGGAAGCCGAAUUAUUUAGUGCACUUCUCAAAACAGAAACCCAAUAAAUGGCAAUGGGAUGAAAUUUAAUUUUCCUCACAAUUACAAUGGGGUAGGAGCAUAAGACACUUGAGUCCUUUGCAGGAAUUACUGCGUGUGAUUCUGUAACCCACCCACUUGAAUAGAGAGAUGUAAUUUUUCUUUUCCUCGUUUAUGAUUUUUGUCCCAAAUAAUGAUCCAUCCAUUAUAUAACCAUCCAUUAUUUUAAACUAAGUUAGAAAACAAUAUAAAGAACGGGGCGUGGAUGAAUGGAUUUCAGGUGAUUUUUUUUUUUAAUGUAUUCUCCAAGACAUCAAAAUUCAAUCAAGGAAAACAUGCAUAUUGAACAAAUUCAUAUAUUUUUUAACAUUUACAUAGCCUGUUUCUCUAGUCUAGUGUGGACCUUGAGCAGUCUGUAAUAAAAAAUUCACCUGAAAAUCAUUAACAAAAAUAAAAAGAUUAAAAAGGAGGUCCUAAAAUGGGAGAGAAGAAAAUAGUUUUGCCCUAAGUUCUUAAGUGAGGAAAUUUGCUGGAACAGAGCAAGGAAUUUCGGCCUGUACUCCUAGUUGUCAAGCAGAAAAGGAAAACAGGGAGAUAUCUUCAAUAUUCACCAUUAUGUAAUAGAAAGUAUACCACUUGGGUCAGCAGAGAGGUUAUUUCCUACUAAUUUUCAGGGGAAUUUGUCACCUGGGUCUUUAUAUAAAGGACAUUGAGCAAUGUACUGGAUGAUUUCAUCAAUGGCAAUUUAGAAAAAAUACAAAGAUAUUCUACAUAUUGUAUUGCUGUUAUACUGCUCUACAAAAAAAAUGCCAAAGGCAUAAUGUGUUAAUUCUGUCAAGGUAAUCUUGUAGGAGGUAAAGGAUCAGGGAUGUACAGUAAUGUGAGCCUACUUGACAGUGGGAUUAGAGUAUGGAGAAUCUUGAGAAAUUGUUAACAUGUAGAGGAAAGAAUUCCUCUUGGAAAACAAUUGUCUCCUAUAAGCUUUUGACAGGAUCUCUGUGAUAGAUACCUGUUCAAAUAGUUAGAGGUUUAUUAGAUAGCCAGUGAAGUCUUUCUAAAGCCUUAUCAAAAGGCAGAAGUGUCACAAUGCAUUAUUUACAGGAGUUAUGUUUUCCUGCUUCCUGGACUUGUUGCCUUCACACAGGGCAUAAUUCAUUCAGUAAAAGGUCAUUCUUUCAAAGUACUAAUCUUCAAGGCUGUGGUAGCCAGAAAAAAGAGACCUAGUUAGAUGCAGAGCAGUUGCUGAGGGUAAACAGUUUGUCGCCACCGUCUCCAUAUGCCAUCACUCAGGGCCUCUGGAUGUGAGCUUUUUGAACAUAAACCUACUGAAUUAUAAAGAACAUUCUUGAGAUUGGUGGUGAAAGUAUACGCAAGAAAGCAGAUGGGAGGUAAAGGAGGGGAAUUCUUACUACACUAAAAUAGAUGAAGAAUGACUUCAGGCAUUCAGUGCAGGAGAUAUUAGGAAUGAAGGGUAGACAGAAAAUGAGGUGCUUGAAGGAAGGAUUAAGAAUAUGUCAUGACCGGAAUAGGAAUUUAAGAUCUAGAACUACUUCCCAUUCAUUAUCUGGAGACUUCUCCCCCAAAAUACCUACAUGUCAUUUGAAGAAUAUAUUUUCACUUCUUAGUCCUUAGAGUAGUGAUUCAUAACUAGUUUUGAUUUUGUCUCCAGAGAACUUUUGGCAGUAUGACCAAAAUUUUUGGUUGUCACACUAACAGGGAACAUACCACUGGCAUCCAAAGGAUAGAGGCCAGGGAUGCUGUAAAAUACCCUACACACAGGAUAAGCCCCCAUGACAAAGAUUUAUCUGGUCCCAAAUGUCAGAAGUGCUGAGCUUGAGAAACUGCCUUAGUGUGACUAUUGUCCUGUUUCUAGCUAGUGUUCUAAGUUUCCUAUGUAUCAAAAUCACUUGGGAGUUUUGAAAAGUGUAACCUGCCAGAUCAGUAUCUCUGGAUGUGAAGUCCGGGCAUUGCUGUUUGUUAAAGACUUCAUAUAGGUGACUUAGAUGCUAUGUGCAUGAUUGAGAGAGAAAGGUUUAUGGGGAUAAAUGGAGACCUACUUUUUCAUUGUAUUAACAUAGAUAAUUAGUAAUAUAGAGCUUGCUUUGGGUUGUUUCAAAAGUGUCAAAUACUGUGCCAUCCCAAUAAUUUGCCAACUAGCACUAUUUUAUAUUCCAUCAUCUUAUUUUAAAUUUUGAACUGCUUAAUUUUUUAAUACAUGUUAGAUUUUAUAAUAGAGUGUAAUAUUAAAUCAUUAAAUUGUACUUUUAAAAUUUUAGCUAAAAUUCCCCAGAACUAUAAACUAAUAAUUUAACAAAGAAGUCCUCCUUAGCUGGAGGACCUAAGGAGGAUCUAAUAAAAUCUUGUUCUAACUAUACCCCAGAACCCCAACCCUGAGCUUUGCCCAGAAAGAAAAAAAAAAUCUGGUUACCCUUGGAUCUGGAGGCACCAGGAAAAUGCAUGAAUGUGAGCUGUUUCAGCCUUGAUAGAUCAGAAUUUACAUUUCCAAAGCCCCUUUUAUCCAUGUGUAAUAGACCACUUAAAAUAUGUUUUUGUUUUUUUAAUCGAAAGAUCACAGUGGUAUAAGCUAGUUAUCUCUUUUCAGUGUAGAAACUGAGACAUAGAAUAAUAAACUAGUUAGCCCAGUAUGACCUGGCAAGAACGCACUCCAGGUAUUCGUAAUCAAGAUUUAAGAAAUCCCCUAUACACUUUAGUGCUGAUGACAAUGCUCCUGGUGGGCAAAGUACGGAGUGGAUUUUGUUUGGUGCAGACUUUCCCAGUUAUGGGUCUGGAUCCCAAGGAAAACUCUCCAAAGAUGUUGCUUGAUGUUCAUUGUACAGGGAGACCGGGUUUGUGGUAUUGGGCUGUGGGAGUCUGGCCCCUAGCUAGUCAGGGGAAUUUCAAACUUUAUUUAAAGACCUGUUGCAAUUGAAGAUGGCCACAAAUUCUUUCACAUUUUUCAAUCAAGAAGUGGGGUUCAUUACCUUGAGGGCACUAUGCUAAGUGAAAUAAGUCAGAGAAAGUUACCAAUACUGUUUGAACUCACUAAUAUGUGGAAUCAAAAAAAAAAAAAAAUGGCUUGUUACAAGUUGGAGAAUUUCAGGAGAAACAUGCCUUUUACAUUUCUGAUUCUAGAUUUUUCAAAACUAAAAUUGGGCAUUAAAUUCUUUUUUUUUUUUUUUAAGAAGUAAUUUCCAUUGCUACUUCAUGGAGGAAGAAGGGAAACAGUCAAAAGCUCUUAGCUAUGUGUACUGAUCCAUAGAAGCAGGUUUGGAGCGCUAAGAUAAAACAGUCUAAGAUCAAAUACUGGAAGACAGGAAAGUGUUUUGGCCUUGGAGCAAGUGGUCCUCACGAUGCACCUAGACUCUUCUCCAGUUCCUUAAUCUGUAUCUCUGUUUCAGCUUCUUAUCAAUGUAAUAAAUAAUACCAAAUAUUUCAUUUUUACACAUUUUUUCUUGAAGGCUCUGUGGACUAUAAAUACUUGCCAACUGUACCAGUUGAACUUUAGGAAUGCCCACAAAUUUUUAGACUUGUUUGGGUAGUAUUUAUUGUUCUAUAGCGGCCAUUUUCUCAAUGAUUAAUAUUGUGGAAGUUUUUAGGUAAUUCUUAGCACUUAAAGUGCACCCAGGAUAUAGAUUUCUCAACAGAUAAGAAUUAACCCUGUUUGUUUACACAAGGAAAGAUAAGUAAUAAUGUUUCUGUAUUUUUUUUUUUUUAUUUUGACUCAGUAUUUUUCAAAGCACAGUGGAAAAGGGCCACAUUUGAGAAGUAAGGAUAUUUUUCACAGGACGCUGUAGUGAUUUAUAUGAACUUUAUAAUAAAUACGAACUUUAUAAUAAAUCCAUUUUAAGGAUGAACUCUAACUUUCUUCCCAAUGUUUAUGUAUUAGAGAAAAGACUGACUAAAAUUGUUUUUAACUGUUAUAAAUUCUUUAUUUCUAAUUGCAUAUUCUAUGAUGAGGAUUAAAAUCCUCAUUGUUGCUAAGUAAUUUACUCUUAAUAUCCAUUUGCUCUUAAAAAACAAUGUUUGGUGAUGUUUGACACAAUUUGGGACAUCGUGGAUUUUGACUUCAGGACUCCUAGUACAGUUCUCUGGGCAAAGGCAGCAGUUUUCACAUAGCGUACAUCAGAAUCACCUGACAGCUUAGUGAACAUGAGGUUGGGCAUCACCCCCACAGUCUGAGUCUGUAGGUCUGGGAGGAGCCCAAGAAUUUGCAUUUCUAUCAAGUUCCCAGGUGAUGCUGAUACUGCUGAAUGGGGGACCAUGCCUUAAGACCCACUGAAGUAAGGUGACCAGGAGAAUUGCUGAAACUACUUGAGCAUGAAAAGACUGAUGUGGAAGGAACCUUAUUUGUUUACACAAGGUCUGCUUCUCCAAAGCAUGGGUUCACCAUUAUGAAUAGGUUGAGCAUGGAAAACAGGACAGAACCCAUUACUAAAGACCUGGAUUUCCAGCUCCAGGAUCCUUUCCUUCUCUACAGAAAUGCCAGAUUGUCCAUAUAUGGGAUUUGGUUUUACGAUAAGGAAGAAUGCCAAAGAAUUGCAGAGCUUAUGAAAAACCUAACUCAAUAUGAACAGUUGAAAGCCCAUCAGGGAGGUGGAGCAGGAAACUCCCCAAUGAUCCUCAAUUCAGGAGAGGGCAAGGAAGUAGAUAUCUUACGAAUGCUCACCAAGGCCAAAGAUGAAUACACCAAGUGUAAAACCUGUUCUGAGCCAAAACAGAUAACCAGUUCAUCUGCCAUCUAUGACAACCCCAAUCUCAUCAAACCAAUUCCAGUGAAGCCCAGUGAAAACCAGCAACAGCGCAUACCUCGGCCCAGCCAGACCUUAGACCCCGAACCCCAACACUUGUCCUUGACAGCUCUCUUUGGGAAGCAGGACAAAUCUACAUAUCAGGAAACUGUGGGGUCCCCACAGACCAUCUACCAGCAACAGCACCAGGAGCCACUUCCAAUAAGGCAGGGGGUCGUACGCUCCCUCUCCUAUGAGGAACCCAGAAGACACUCGCCCCCCAUCGAGAAGCAGCUCUGUCCAGCCAUUCAGAAACUCAUGGUCCGGAGCGCAGACCUCCACCCCUUGUCAGAGCUGCCUGAAAACCGGCCCUGCAGAAACGGCAGUACCCAUUCUGCUGGGGAAGUUUUUCUGGGACCUGUGCAGCCAGGGUCUCCCCAUAGCUUUGGGACUUCUCAGCAUGUACAGAGUGCUUCCAGAACUCAGAGCCUGCUGGAGAAGCUUCAGAGUGCCCCGAGGCCAGCAAGUAAGUAUGACCCUAGCACACCAGCACCUGCCAGCUCAGCGGCCCCAAACCUCAGCACCGCUCUCCCCACGGCCACCCCUGGUGCCCCAGUAAAGGGGCUGGCUCAGGCACAAGCGGGGUAUUUCAAUGGCUCCCUUCCAGCUCAGCCACUAGGACAUCAGGCUCACGGCAAAGAGCAGUCCACACACCCGAGACCCACGCUCCCCCUCUCUGGCAGUCAGACUAGCAGUUCUGGAGUGAUCUCCCCUCAGGAGUUACUGAGGAAGCUUCAGAUUGUACAACAGGAACAGCAGCUGCACGCGUCUAACCGACCAGCCUUGGCAGCCAAGUUCCCCGCGGUAACUCAGAGCUCCGGGACGGGGAAAGUGCUGGAGUCCUGGAUGCACAGCACAGCCGGCGCAGAAAAGCAGACUCCUCUUUUUCAGGGCACCUCGCCUCCGCGCGUCCCUGCCACAUGGGCUCCUUCUCUGCUCAUGUCCCCCAUGGUGUUCACCCAACCCACCUGUGCCCCACCAAAGGAGAGGGAUGCUGGGCUCUUGCCCCUGGGAAGCCAAGAACCAGCUGCCACUUCCGCCGGCCUCCUCCUGCCUCUGCGGACCCCGGAGCCCCCCGUGAUCACCAGCAGCCCACUUACCAAGCUACAACUUCAGGAAGCACUGCUGUACCUCAUUCAGAACGAUGACAACUUCUUAAAUAUCAUCUAUGAAGCUUAUCUCUUCAGCAUGACACAAGCAGCCAUGAAAAAGACGAUGUAAAGCAAAACAUUUUAAGACCGAUUUUCAAGGUCCUGUGGCUCAAGGCUCUUUCACGUCAAUGGCGUUACCCUAAAUGUUUCUGCCUUUUUUAAAAAAAAAAAAAAAGUAUAUAUAAUAUGAAGUAAAAUGUUUCAGAAUUUUCUUCA